AUGUCUGCUGAACAAAUUGCAACAUUAACUUAUGAGUUUGAAAGUAUUGCAAAGAAAUUAGACUAUUUACAACAUUUAACUAAAGGUUAUGCUUCUCUCUUCCAACAAAGAGGAAAUACUGAAAUUGAAUAUGCUAAACAUUUAAUUCAACAAUGCUCAACUCCUAUGAGAGUUGGAACCCUUUUAUUAAAAAAAGAAGUUCCAUUAGACUCUCUUGAAAAUACUAUGAAGAAUGCUUUAACUGCAUUUAAUACAGAAACAUUAAAAGUUGCUCAAAGACAUAAUGAAAUGGGUAUUAUUUUUAUUGAACAAGUUUCUAAGCCAUUAGAAAAUUUACAACGCACACUUGAAUUGAACAGAAAAAGAAUUGUUAGUGAAUAUCUUGUAAAACAUAAGAACCAUCAAUUAUUAAUUAAGAAUGCUGAGAAGAGUUCUGAACAAUAUAAAAAGGCUGUUAAUGAAUUGAAACAAAUUACCUCUCAACUAAAUACAGCAAUGACACAAAAUGUAACUAUGGUAGAUAAAUUAGUAGCUAGAAAACAACAAGCUGUUACUCGUGUACAAACAGCUGAAAAUAACUAUAAACAAGCAGUUGAAAAAGCUAAUGCUUUUGGAGAAGAAAUGUAUGGUGAACCAGUAAAAAAGAUUAAUGAAAGUGCCAUUGAAUUAAUUAAGAAUCAGUUUGAUAGUGCUAAAAAUGUUUUUGGUAUUGUUGCUACCCAAUUAACUGAAGUUGUACCAAUUGAAGAUGAAGCCUAUAAAACACUUAAAACAGAAGUUGACAAGAUGAGUUAUGAAGAAGACUUAGAACAAUUUGUUAAGGCUAAUGCUAAUGUUCACUCUGCUUAUGUUCUUUCUGUUGAACUUGAUACUACGUUAAAUGAAACACCUGAAGACAAUUUUGUUAAUGCUCCAACUAGUACUGAAACUCCAGCCACAACAGACUCUACCACUGGAACAGAAAAGAAAGAAGAAGAGAAACCAGUUGAAGAAGAAAAGAAAGAAGAGGAAAAACCAACUGAGGAAGAAAAGAAAGAAGAGGAAAAACCAGCUGAAGAAGAGAACAAGGAGUAAGAACAAAC